AUGCACAACUACAGUAGGCCAGAGGGUGGCAGAGAUGACGCUCCUGCGUCUCAUUGCAGGGGCGAGGAACGACAGCAGGGCCACAAUGACAGGGUGUCCUGGAGGAAACACCGACCGUUUUAUGUCCUUUCCGCGAAGGAGUCCUCCUGGUUUUUGCCAAAUGUGUCUACUGAAAUUGUAUCACGAAACAUGUCAUCACCAUCGGAUGGCCGUGUAUUUGUGGGGACUGCAGCUCCCACGGUGCAACUCAGUCAUGAGAACGUCAGGCCACACAGUCGAUAUGCGCAACACCGCCCCAUCUGGGUGCAGCAGCGACAGAAUCAGCGCUGCCCUGGGAUGUUGCCAGACACAACCUUCACUCCCCUUGUUGUUGUUGUGGGUGACACCAUGGAGGCUUGUCCGGCACAUGGAAGAGGGUCCAAGAAGCAGGGCAUUCGCGAGCCGCCCGUCGUCUGUAUGCCUGAAGUGAUUCUAGAUGCGGACACCACGCACGCGAGGCGGAAGGUGUUUGGUAAUAGCUGGUCGGUUGCUCCGCGUGAGAGAGGUUUGAACGAUUCACCCAGGUCGUCGUCCUUGUUGUCGGGCCAACCGUGGACGCAACUGGACAGACGGAGUACGGUCGCACCAUGUGUCGAUGGCGAAGUAACUGCGUACGCUGCACAUCACAAGCCCCCUGCGGCUCCACUAAGAGCCUGGUCACAUUCCUCAAGUCCACGAAUUACUGGAAGUGCUCGCUCUCGUAUUCAGCCGCAGGAGUUCCACCAUCGGCUAAUGGAGAUAGAGAAACAAAGCAUGGCGAAGCUUGUCUACGGGAUCCCGUAG